CAAAAUAAAAUUGAUUCCACCACAACGGAAUCAAACAAUGGAGCAUGUUGGUGAUCGAAUGGAAAGGACGUUCGAUGUUGAUCGAGUGAGAGAAAGCCAAGCUGAAGGUAAAGGCAAUAGCUAAACGGGAUCCCGAGCUUACAAGUACUUGCUUGUGGAUGCUAUAAAAAACGGGAUCCCUCCAUUUUAAGUAGGUACUUGUAAGGUCGGGUUGUUGCAAGUUAAAUAGAUAUGAAUUAUUUAUAUAAAUGGUUGUGAUUAUUUAUAUAAUUAGUUGAAGUAACGUAUGCUAAUAUGAAAGCGAAUAGAGUGGUUGUCCAAUGAAAGUGGUAUAAUUAAAUACAUCUGUAAUCACCUAUAAUUUGUCAUGUUUUGAAGAACGCCCAAUUAUAAAAACAGCAUAAACCAGAGGCAGAUGGCAGUAGCAAAAGCAAAGAGAAAAAAAGAAGAAUGGCGGAUUGGGGCCCUGUUCUUGUGGCGGUGAUUCUGUUCAUUCUGCUAUCACCGGGGCUUCUGUUCCAAGUCCACGGCGCCGACAAGUUCAUCCAAUUCGGCAACUUUGAGACCAGCGCUACCUCCAUUUUUCUUCAUUCCCUCAUCUUCUUUGCUCUCUUUUGCCUCUUCACUCUCGUCCUCCAUCUUCAUAUCUACGUCUGAUUCCAUCUUUCAAUUCAUCAAUUUGAUUUUCGUUUCGCAACACUUUGUAUCCAUUCUCAUGUCGUAGUUAUUUAA